UUCUGAAGGCACCCUAAGAUGCUUAUGUUAAACUACCCGACGAUUAAACGACGCUGUUCUGCGCCUGAGUUGUGUUGUGAUAAAGUGUAAAACUGACAUAAAAGUGAAUAAUGAGCGCGUACUUACAGGUCGCAGAAGAUGAAGGAGAAGAACCCAUAGAACUCCCUACCGAAGAUGAUAGUACAUUAUUGCUUUCAACGCUAGCAGCUCAGUUCCCUGGUACCUGCGGUCUCAAGUAUCGGAAUCCAGAAUCCCGGACAAUGAGAGGCGUUCGACUCGUAGAAGGAAGGUUACACCCUCCAGAGAAUGGCUGGGGAACUGGAGUGUAUUACUGCGUGUUUCCUAAAGAAAACAAGAGAAAAUCUGAUGAUCAUUUGGAAAAUUCUACAGCAAAAACAAAAAGAAUGGAGACAAAAUUAAAGUGUUCGGAUCUCAUAGUGCUCGGAUUGCCUUGGAAGACGACCGAACAGCAGUUGCGAGAAUAUUUUGAAUCCUUUGGCGAAGUACUUAUGGCACAGGUGAAGAAAGAUCCCAAAUCUGGCCAGUCAAAAGGUUUUGGAUUUAUCCGUUUUGGAAACUACGAUUCACAGAUGCGUGUUUUAGCACAGAGGCAUAUGAUUGAUGGGAGGUGGUGUGAUGUGAAGAUCCCAAAUUCAAAGGAGGGACAGGUUCAGCAAGUUCCAUGUAAAGUGUUUGUUGGACGGUGCACUGAAGAUAUGCAGUCGGAUGACUUGCGUGAGUAUUUCUCCAAAUUUGGGGAAGUAACUGACGUCUUCAUCCCAAAACCAUUUCGUGCAUUUGCUUUCGUCACCUUCUUGGAUCCAGAAGUGGCUCAGAACUUGUGUGGUGAAGACCACAUAAUCAAAGGAGUCUCGGUACAUGUGAGCAAUGCGGCACCGAAAACGGAUCCAAACGGUCGCUCUUAUGGGGGCAGAGGCCUCGGAUCUCGGGAGCCGAAGAACUUGGCAGGCCCUUUCGGGGGAGCGGCAGGAGCUGCGCACCACUAUCACCAUCCUGGCGGUCCGGGAGGAGGUGGUGCAGGUGGUGGCGGAUGGAACCGGGCUGGCCCAGGACCAGGAGGCAGGGCUCUAGACAUGCCCAAUCUCCAAGCGUUGGGUAUUACAGGACAGGCCGGUGGCCCAGCUGCAGGUGGGGCUGGUCAAAAUGUUGCCAAUCCACUAGGCAUGGGUGCAUUGAACCUCGGAGCCGUAACUGUCAAUCCUGCACUGGUGGCUGCAGCUCUCAAUCAGGCGGGCUGGGGUCUCAUAGGCAAUUUACAAGGUGGCCAGGCUCCAGGACCUGGGCCAGGGGGUGCUGCAGAGGGAGGCCCGGGUCCGGCAGCAUUCGGUCAGCCUGGAGCUCCGGGAUUUGCUGGAGCACCAGGUGGACCAGGGCCGGGCCCUGCACCUCAGCAAGGAGCUGCACCCCCUGCUGCAGGAGCGCAAGCUGGAGGUAGUUUUCUCAGUUGGAUGAGCCAAGGUACUCCCACUGGGGGAACCGACGCCAGUCAAACUGGCAGUGCUCCUGGUACGAGUACCCCCCAGCAGCCUGGUCCAGCCCCUGGGUCGUGGCCUCAAAGAGGCAACAAGGAAGGCUACCUGAAAUAUGAAUAGGCAGGUAAAAGCAAAGUGGAGAAAAAUGUGCUGUCAGGUCCUUAACACUUUCCAACACAAGGACAAUGCUUUCUUUAUUUACAAAAUGCUUUCUUAACUGAUGUGAAUCAUUUUAUAUUCUUAAGGUAAGUCAUGUCAUUCUGAAAAGUGCUUGCCCACUUUGGUCAUUGGUGCUUCUGUAACUGCCGCGAAAUUUUAGACUUGUGCUUCCUAGGUUUUUCAUCUGAAGUCAUGCCAGUUAUUUCUGAUUACUAAGAUAGAUACUGAACAUAGGAAAACCUAUCUUUGUGAAAUAUAACAUUUAAAUGUGCAUCUCAGAGCUCUGAAAGAAAAGUCAUUUAUCCAGCGCAAUUGAAGUAAGAUGAUUGUGUUUGUAUUCAGUGUCCAGAAUCCCAAAAAUAUUCUCCGUCUCCCUCAAAUCUUUGUACUGUCAUCAUCAUCAUCAUCAUCAUGAUCAUCAGUAAAGAUAGGGAACUCAUAGCACAGUGUGACAUUGUUAAUACAUUGUAGUAUGAAGUCAACAUGGGUUUAUGAAAUCGAGUGUUGGCAGAAUUAUAAAAUUUUUAACUUUCUGUGCUCAGAAAAGUUUUGUUCUUUCUGUUUCUAGAACCUUGCCAUUUUGUAAUGGAUAUCAGGUCAGUCCUUGUUUUAAUUGUUAAAAUUUUAUAACUUUUGUUCAUGUAUUACUUCAUCUCAGUACUGGCAUCAGAUAAUCAUGAAUUGAGCUGAAUAGCUUAUAUAUGUACAUGCUUCACAGAGGGUUUCUUGUUUUGUUGAGUUCAGUGUUGGGUCAGAUUUUUGUUUCUCCUUUGGUAACCUUAUUUCUGAAACUUACACAAUAAUUCUGCAUCUGACUUUGUAUGUACAUCUGACGAUAAAAUGAGUUCCCAUGAGAUGUAUUGUGAGUAACAGAAAUCUCAACAAGCUGAUUAUUUCUCAUUUCACUUAGUUACUUUGUUUCCAGAAUUCUGGUCACUAUAAUACAUAAUAUGGUCUUUUAGAAUUACUUGUAGCCAAUGUAGUCAUUUGUGAUAUUUCAUCAGAAAUGAAGGCGGAGGGAUUAAAAAUGACAUCAUGUAAGAAGUGUGUUGAUAUCAAGUUGUAGUAAUUACUUUGCAGACUGUUUUAUGUAAAUUACUAAUAUUUUGUAAACUGUAGUUGACUUUCACUCUGAACCUCCAUUGAUAGUGUAUAUAUUUCAAUCUAUUCCUAAUAUUGUCAACUAGAAAUGGAUCAUUUUGCUCGAGAAAUUGAGGAAAUUAAGUUUUCUUUUCAUAUAUUUUUAUAAUUAAAUGACAGCAUUAUAAAAAUAUCGCGAUAGAUAUUUUAUAUGAUUACUAAUUACAGUUUACUUCUUGUUAAAGACUUCAGUUCAUUGGCCUUACGGCUUCCUCUUUCUCUUUAUUACAGUCUCUCAAAAAUGUCUACAGUUGCCAUGUUUUAAAAUCAAAGCACAAAAUAAAAAUUAUAGGCCAUUAUUUGUUUUCACACUUGUAUGACAUUUGAAUGCAAAUGGCCAUGUAGUGUGCUGGGCCAAUGGAAUUAAUGAUAAGGUCUAUCAUUGGCAACAUAAUGUGGCUCAGUUAUAUGCUACGGGCAAGGGGGUGGGGUGUAAAGUGUUAGCAAGGCAAAAUUAUCAAACUGAGAGAAGAAUGUAGAAAUAGUAUGAAAAAUAUUGUUGCACUGUUUUGUUUGAAUGUUGGAAAAGAAAAUAUGAAUUGAGGGAAAAAAAACAUUACCUCCUCUGUAUGUAAUAUAUCUCUCUUUAAUUACCUAUACAGGGUGGUCAGAAAAUGACUGAAACGCUUGUCGUGAUGUUGUAGGGCAGAUUGUACUGAGACAUGAAUGUUAAGAAAAAAAUGCGAUAUGUUGCGUCGUUUCAGAGUUAUUUAGUGUAGAAUUUACCCAAUCGGGGCAUCGCACGCUCACAUUCAAGCGGCCUACCAGGGGCGGUGUUGCCCAACGAGUGCUUUGUCUUGUUAGCUGAAACUUGAAUUUACGCGCGCGACGAUCUGAUUGGCUAACUUCAAUGCUAAAUAACUCGGAAACGGCGCAACGUAUCACAUUUUUUUCUUAACAUUUAUGUCUCAGUACAACUUCCCCUACAACAUCACUACAAGCGUUUCAGACAUUUUCUGACCACCCUGUAUAUCGGACAGGUAGUACAGGUGAGGGAUGUAUAGGAAGAGGGAUAUAUUCUGGACACUGGAAGCAUAUGUACCUUAGAUCAGAGAACCCUUCCCCCCCCCCCCUCUCUCUCUCUCUCUCUCUCUCUCUCUCUCUCUCU